GUCGACACGGACGCCUAACGGCCGGCUGGUAGAUUUUUGGAAACAUCCAGAAGCUGGUGUCAUCGAUUUUUCAUCUAAAUAGGAACUUUUCUUCUGGAACUACUCUUACCAGUGAGUAGAAUACUUGCCCCUUGGGUGACUGUGCAGUAAACCUUCCAGCAAGUCUAACAGUAAUAGGCUAAACUCAGUGGAGUUUCUCCUAUAGCACAACAAUGAUGGCUGCCCCCAGUGAAGUGAAUGAGAACACACCUCAACCACCUGAAAUUUAUGAAAUUCAAGAAAUUGAAGGACCAGAAGCAAUUACAACUAUCCUGAACUAUUGUCAGCUUAUAUUUAAAACUGUACAAAGACUGGAAAAAAAGCUUGAUGACAUGGAUGAAAAAGUAACAAAAAUUUAUCGUACUCGUUCCAGAUCCUUCUGGAAUUAUCCUGUUUUAAGAUCUGUGGCCAGAAAGUACAAUUACCUGACGUCUAAAAGAGUUAAAGAGCAGAAAGUGAACCAAGUAGAUCAUGAUAAUUCCUUCACCUAUCCUCAAAGUUACAGUCCAACUUCACCAGUCCGCAGGAGGGAAGCAUAUAACCAGGAUAUGGAAAACAUUGAAUCCAUGGAUUACAGCCUGCCUCUCCAGUACACCAAUCCUAUUGACAAUAGCCAGACUUUCCAGUAUACUGAUACUGUCAACAACAACCAGACUAUCCAGUACACUGAUACUGUUGACCUCAGCCAAACUAUCCAGUACACCGAUACAGUCGACCUCAGCCAGACUAUCCAGUAUACCGAUACUGUUGACCUCAGCCAGACUAUCCAGUACACCGAUACAGUCGAUAAUGUCCAGCCUUUCCACUACACCAGUACUGUCACCAACAUGGAGGUUAUCCGGAACACUGAGAACAAUGCUGUUUUUCAUUCAGAGAAUUCCCAGGAAGUAGAAUUUGCCAGAUCUUCACCAGAGAGGGACUAUCAAGAAACUCCACCAAGUCCUGUAUAUACUACCCAAACCUAUGAACAGUAUUACAGACUUAAAGAUAUACCUGGCUCUUCUACAAUGCCCUACUACAGUAACUUGGAAAUUCCCAAUAUGGAUACCAUCACUUCUGCCACUUCAACAGCAAAGGAAGCAAGUUCACUCCCUCCAGGGGAGCUCAUCCCCAUACAGAAUCCUGAAAUGAGGCAAAUGGCCUUACUGGAGGCUCAGCUUACACCUGUGAUUGAUCCUAACACUUUUGGUUCAUCACCUGAGUGUAACAGUGUUGUUGUGAGACACCUUGGUGACCCUAUAAACUGGUCUGUGAAUGAUGUCAUAACGUUUCUGAACCGUUUAGAUCCUCCAUUGGCUGACAAGCUCUACCUUACCAUCAGAAACCAUGAUAUUGAUGGGAAAGCCAUGCUGCUGAUCAAUAAUGAAACAAUGAUAAAAUAUAUGGGAGUGAAGGUGGGAGUAGCCAUGAAGUUUGCAGACUACAUUGAAAAGCUUAAACAAGGAGUAAACUGUGGCCAGUAAAAAAUGUUUGUAUAAGUUU